CACACUCUCUCUUGUAUAUUAACAGCAAAUUGUACUCUCUUUGUGGCUGCAUUUUUUACCAUUCGCCGUAUAGCGAAAAAGCAGAGUACCGCGAAAAGCCGUGCAAACAACACGUUAAACGUGAGUGGAAUAUAUUUAGUGGAAAUUAUAUAGCCCAAUAUAUUUUGAAAAGUACCUAUACAAAGGAAUUUUCAUUUCAUUUGUUUUUUUUAUAUAUUCGCCAAUUUUUGAAGUAUUGAACUUUUCUUAAAGAAUAUCUCCGGUAAAUGUUUUAAGAAAACUAUAGUUUUCAUUGAGAAAUUUAUCGAGUGCGUGAUUGAAGAAGAUAACCAAAAUUUUGAGGAAAAAAAUAUCAACUAGAGAAAAUAAGUGCCGAAAAGCCAAUUGAAAAUAUAGAAAAAUAAGAGCUAUUUGCAAAAAGCAAGCACUAGUAGCAGAAAUUGUACAGUUUAUUUGCAGAUUUAUUGCUAAUUUUUAUUAGAAGAAAUUUAAAUAAAAAAACACAAACAAAAUGUCAGAUCGCAAAGCAGUGAUUAAAAAUGCCGAUAUGAGCGAGGAAAUGCAGCAGGAUGCUGUUGAUUGUGCGACACAGGCAUUGGAAAAAUACAACAUUGAAAAGGAUAUCGCCGCCUAUAUUAAGAAAGAAUUCGACAAAAAAUACAAUCCCACAUGGCAUUGUAUUGUUGGCCGAAACUUCGGAUCAUAUGUCACACAUGAGACCCGUCACUUUAUUUACUUUUAUUUAGGUCAAGUGGCAAUUUUAUUAUUUAAGAGCGGUUAAAAAUAAUCACUAAUAGCUACAACAACAAAAACAACAACAAAUACCACAAAAACACAUAUAUACAUCAUAUACACUUGGAAAGCAACAACACGGCAGCAGAAUUUAUAGUAAAAAAUAACCUAAAUUUGAAUGAUUAAAAUAAACGAAGAAAAAAUUGCAAACCCUAAAAUUAUCAUACUACAAAAACAAUAACAACAAAAUAAUAGUUAGCAGUCCACAAUAUUGUCACAGCAAAUCAGAAAAUCAUAUGGAAAACAGUUGAAUGAAGCAGUGCGCGCCUAAAUGCAGUGAAAAUGUUGGGAGAUAUGUAUUUAAAAAAGGAUAAUAGAAAAAAAAACGUUUCAGCACAGCCAAGAAUAUGUAAUGUUUAAAAAGUGCGAACCAAAAUAUUUGGUUGACUUGUCACUGUUACUUGGCAAGCGUUCAGAAAUGGAUAUUUUAUUUAUUAAAAAUCAAAAGUUAAUGUUUUCUGAUGACGCGCAACACUUAUUAUCCUUGUUCGAACACUAAAUUGGGCAUUGUGAGUUGUGGAACGUGAGCAGUGAUUCGUUAAAUUUUAUGUUUUCUCUUUGAAAAUGCAUAAUCAUAUUUCGUCUUUAUAACCUAAGUUGAUCCUGUGGCAUACAAUUAUAGUGCUUAAUACCAACCACUACUCCAGCGCACCUAUCUACGCUUAUCAAACCGUCAAUUCAACUGAAAGGAAUCGCAAACGUGCAUUUAACGGCAGAAAAAGACUCAAAUGAACAACUGCACUGCAGAAACUUAGCUAUUCAAGGACUUGAUGAUCACACAGCUACAUCAAAAAAUUCACUUCUACUAUGUGCACAAUACAACACCACCAACAAAAUAACAACUCACACGAACAAAAAGAAAAAAAUGAAAACACUUGUUGUAAGGGAUAAAUUCGCAGAUUCAGUAAUAUGCAGAAAAUAGUAGAAAAUAGCUAAAUAUAAAGAAAACAUAAAACAAAUCUCAAAUGGAAUCAUGGAAAUCUUAACAUUUUAUGCGUAUUUGUAUUAGUAAUAUCAGCAAGCAACAACAGCAAAUUAUAUAUAUACACUCAUAUAUAUUUGUUAGUUUAAGUAAAAUCGAUGAAUAAAAAAAUUAAAUAUUUCAAAUUACGUACACAACCGCAACAAACACAUACGAAUGCAAAACCAAUAACUCAUGAUGAAUGGCGUGGCUGUAGAAAGAGAGUAAAACAAUAUGGGCUAAGACUUGAAAAGAAAAAUAUAUAAAUUGUAUGCAAAA